AUGGAUUUCGCGCACGUUAAACGAGUAGCCGUCAUCGGCGCGGGGCCCGCAGGAGCCAUUGCCAUCGACGCGCUGGCGCAGGAAAAAGCCUUCGACAUAAUCCGAGUGUUCGAGCGCCGCGAGGGUCCCGGAGGAUGCUGGGUCGGAGACUCAUCGCGACCACCAACGCUUUCGAACUUCGAGUCCCUAGCCAAGCGAACAGCAGAUGCGCCAUUGGCAGUCCCUAAACGACUGCCCGCGCAGACGCCAAAGACCGACCAGCCGCGCUUCGCGGAGUCGUCCAUCUACCCCUACCUGGAGACGAAUAUCGACUCCAUCCCGAUGGAGUUCAGCCAGGAGCCGUUCCCAGAAGACCGCAGCGAGCUGUCGAUUUCGAACUACGGGCCAAAGACCCCGUUCCGGAAGUGGGACGUCGUGAGGGACUAUAUCUCGGGUCUCGUGGAGCGCAAAGGAUACAGCGACUUCGUCUCGUACAACACGACGGUCGAGCUGGUGGAGAAGGAGGGCGCCGAAUGGAAGGUCACACUUCGAAGGGAAGGGACGCACAGCGACUACUGGUGGACAGAGACGUUCGACGCCGUCGUCGUUGCCAGUGGGCAUUACUGGGUGCCUUAUAUCCCUGCGAUCGCAGGGCUCGAGCAGUUCGAGAAGUCCAGGCCGGGAAGUGUGCUCCACAGCAAGCAUUUUCGCGGCCGAGACGCAUUUACCGACAAGCGAGUCGUCGUCGUGGGCGCAUCCGUCUCCGCAGCGGACAUCUCAUACGAUCUGGCGGACACGGCGAAAGCAGUCCAUGCGAUCACGAUUGGUCACAGUGCAAACGGCUAUUUCGGGGACGAAGCCUUCAAGCACCCCAAGAUCAACAACCACCCGUCCAUCGAGAAGGUGGUGAACAGGACCGUUCACCUAGCGGACGGUACCUGUAUCCCAGACGUCGACAACAUCAUCUUCGGCACGGGCUACAGCUGGACUUUGCCCUUCCUGCCGACAGUCCCAGUGCGCAACAACCGUGUCCCAGAGCUAUACCAGCACGUCGUUUGGCAAAAAGACCCAACACUGCUAUUCGUGGGCGCUGUCGCAGCAGGCUUAACAUUCAAGAUUUUCGAAUGGCAAGCAGUGCUCGCAGCGCGUCUGCUCGCCGGCCGAGCAACCCUACCCCCAUUAGCAGAGAUGCAGAACUGGGAGGCGCAGCGCAUCAAGGCGCGGGGCGACGGCGUGAAAUUCACGUUGAUCUUCCCGGAUUUCGAAGAUUACUUCGAGACCGUGAGGCAGCUGGCUGGUAAUGGGGAAGAGGGCAAGGGUCGCCAGUUGCCUAAGUUCCAGCGCGAGUGGUUCCGGGCUUUUCUGGAUGGGUUGACGCGCCGUAAGUUUAUGUGGAGGCGGUUGAAUGCGAAGGCGCGGGAGGCGCUGGAGAAUACGGAGAAUCGACAGAAGAGGGGGUCACGGCUUUGA